AUGCGUCUGUCGGUAAUCACUGUCGUUUCCCUCGCUACGAGCUCCCUUGCUCUCUCCCUCGGUAGCAGAGACGACGCAAAUGCCUUGGCUGCCGAACACGGCCGCGGCCGUGGAGAAGGCUGCCGCGCUGGCGAACGUCCAGGAGGCGGCGGCGGUGGUGGGAUGAAGAGGGACAAUGCAGACCCUCAGAUCGAUAACCACUUCCCGGGAGGUGGUUUCCCGGGAGGUGGUCAUGGCGGUGGUAAGGGCCCCAAGGACUGCGACAAGCCCGACAAACCGAAGCCGAUGCCGCCAGGCCCGGACAAGCCUGGAGCAAGUGACGCGCCCAUGCCAAUGCCAAUGCCAAUGCCCAUGCCUAUGCCGCCGCCGGGCGGAGGUGACAAGCCCAAGCCGAUGCCUCCGGGUGGUGAAAACCCCCCGAAGACGCCGCCUGGACCUGACAAGCCCGGAUCAAGCGACAAGCCUCAGCCGAUGCCACCACCCGGCGAAAACCCCCCGAAGACGCCGCCUGGUCCUGACAAGCCUGGACCUGAUAAGCCUGGAUCGAGCGACAAGCCUAAGCCGAUGCCACCGCCGGGCGGACCUGAUAAGCCGGGACCUGACAAACCCGGAGCUAGUGACAAGCCAAAGCCGGCCCCUGGCCCAGGAGGCGGCGGCGGUGGAGGCGGAAAGGGAGGUGAUGACUGCAAGGGCGGCCGUUUGAGAGAUUGCAAGUCGUUCAAGUUCAUGGCGAAGGGCUCUGUUUCCGGCUCCAUUGGCCAGUUGGAAAGCGGACAGCUUAGAAUCGGACUUGAGCCGGCGACCAUGCACAUGGAAAAGGGGGAGGUCAACGAUGACAAGAAGCGAGGCUGCUGGUGGACUCCUCCCACGGAGACUCUGCAGUGUGACGUUGGCCAGAAGGCCGACUCUGGGUUCUCGGUUGGCUGCGACGGGCAGAUUACGUUCAAGAACCAGACCAAGUUCUUCCAGUGUGAGGCCGAGCAGCAGCAGUACAACAUCUAUAAGAAGGCUGACCAGGGUGCGAACUGCGCUGAGGUCAUGCUAUUUGCAAGUGGCUGCCGUGAAGGAGGCGGCGGCGGAGGAGGUGGCGGUGGAGGUGGCGGCGGUGGUGGAGGAGGAGGAGAAGGAGGAGGAAAGGGCGGCGACAAGCCUGGCGAAGGCGGCGGUAAGGGCGGCGACAAGCCGGGCGGAGGGAAGGGAAACCCUUCUCCCCCGAACAACGGCACGGGCAUGCCGGGCAACGGGAACCCGCCUGAGAUGCCGCCUGCGAAGCCUCCCAAGUCUAGGUUCAGGUUUUUGCAGCGCCUUUGA